AUGAUAAGAAAAAUCUCUGAGGUAAAUUACUUAGAGCGUAGAUUUCUGGCUUCUCUUUUCCUAACACUGUUUGUAAGCUACACCAUGAGGAAUAGGGCAAGAGCUCAUAACUUGCUGUCUGCGAUGUUAAUUCUAUAUGUAGCCUUUGAUCACAAGCAUACUGCAUAUAUACUUGCGUCCAUCGCCCUGAACAUCUUCUUACUUAAGUAUGUGCCGAUGACCGAGUACUCAUUCACCUUGGUGAACAUUAUGGUUCUUUAUGUCUACAAAAUCUUUGGAGGCCUCUUUGAGGAGAGAAUUUCAGGAUCAUUUGACAUUUCCGGGGUCUUGAUGCUAAUGACCAUAAAGAUGUGCUACCUUGGAAAAGAGUAUAACAAGAGAACGAACACCAUAAAGGAUGCCCUGUCGUACAUAUUGUUCAUACCAGGCCUUAUGCUAGGCCCAGUCCCAACAUUUAAAGAUUUCAUGGAAAACAAAUAUGAAAAGCCAAAAAAGCCUCCAUACGAAACCUUCCUAAAAUCCUUUGGGUUUUUGAUCCUCUUUCAGGCCUUGAGAGUAAGUGUCCCAAGAAGCCAUCUUUUAGAAGAAAACAUUUCAUUGCCUAUGAGGCUGGUCUAUAUAUAUCUCUUUACAGUAGGAAACAGGAUAAAAUUCUACUUUGCAUGGCAUUUCUCCCAUGGGUGCUUUACCUUCCAAAACUUCCCAAAUCUCCUGAACGCCGACUUUAUAAAAGUAGAAUUGGCAACAAGUGUAAAAGAUCUAAGCACCUAUUGGAAUAUAUGCACUGGGGUCUGGCUAAAGAACUGCUUCUUCGUCCCAAUGAAGAAAAGAUCGAUAUUCUGGGCCAGUCUGGCAACAUCUGCAGUUUCUGCACUGUGGCAUGGCAUAAACCCAUGCUAUUUGGUAAUGUUCCUCUCACUUUCGAUCUCCAUUCCGGUUGUAAAAGAAAACAACAGACUGAUCCAGCAUUUCUUCCCAUCUUUGUUCUGGAUUCUAUCUAGGGUGCAAAUGCUUCUUCUCACAACAUAUUUUACUGCAUCCUUUUUUCUUCUGGACAUUUCAGACCUUAUAUAUGUAUGGAGAAGUGUGUAUUUUGCCGGCCACAUAGUUCUUGCAUUCAGCUUGAUUGUACAGACAGCUAUUAAAUUUUUUUCACCCCCAGUAGAAAAGAAGAGGACUGAUUAA